AUGGUCAAGUCCUACGUCAAGUAUGAGCACUCGCAGACCUUCGGCGUCGUGAAUUCUGCGACCUCGAAUGUCGUCUGGGCCCCCGAGGCCGCCGCAGCCCGCACCACCGGCGCCGGCCAUGCAUACACGGCUGCGAACGAGGAGGUGCUGUGCUGGGACGUGAAGAAGGGCGAGCUGCUCAGCUCCUGGCGCGACAGCUCCUGCUCCGCCGAGGUCACCCAGAUCGCUCAGAGCAAAACCGACCCCGAUGUCUUCGCCGUCGGCCACGCAGACGGCAGCAUCCGCGUGUGGGACUCGCGCUCCUCGUCCCUGAUCAUCAGCUUCAAUGGCCACAAGUCCGCCAUCACCACUCUGAUUUUCGACGACUCCGGUGUGCGCCUCGCCAGCGGUUCCAAGGAUACAGACAUCAUCGUGUGGGAUCUGGUCGCUGAAGUCGGCCUGUUCAAGCUGCGCGGCCACAAGGACCAGAUCACUGGUCUGAGGUUCCUGCACGUCGGAACUGGCGCUGGUGGCGAGGAGGAUGAGACGCCUGCUGUCAGCGACGACGGUCCAGUUUUCCUUCUGUCGACCGGCAAGGAUGCCCUGAUCAAAAUCUGGGAUGUCAAAUCGCAGCACUGUAUCGAAACACACGUCGCUCAAACCAAUGGCGAGUGUUGGUCGCUUGGCCUGUCUCCCGAUGGCAAUGGCUGCAUCACCGCUGGCAAUGACGGAGAAAUCAAGGUGUGGACCAUAGAUCUGGAAGGCUUGCGAACGCUUGCGACACAAGUCGGAGAUGCUGCAGAGGCAGAAUUCAUAUCGGAGAGGGGCACAUUAUACCGCUCUGGCAAGGACAGGACAAUCGGCAUCAGCUUCCAUCCCAAGUCGGACUACAUCGCGAUACACGGCUCGGAAAAGGCCGUGGAGCUGUGGCGCAUCCGGUCAGACGAGGAGGUACAGAAGAGCUUGGCCAGGAAGAAGAGGAGAAGAAAGGAAAAGCUCAAGGAGUUGAAGGAGAAGGGCGCCGACGUGGACAUGGCCGAUGCCGACGACGACGAUAUCGCCGCCGCAAGUGUGGGGGACAUCUUCGUUCCAUAUGUCAUCGUCCGCACUGGAGGCAAGGUCAGAGCCGUGGACUGGGCGCGGGGGACAACGAAGGCAUUGCAGCUGAUUGUGUCCACUACAAAUAACUUGCUGGAGGAUUACAGCGUACCGGCCAAGGAACGCGUGAAGAAGGCCUCCAAGGAAGAGCCUCCGGAGUACUCGCGAUCCUUCUCCGUUGAGCUGCCAGGACACCGGGCUGACGUGCGCUCUCUCGCUCUGAGCUCCGACGAUCGCAUGCUGGCAUCUGCUUCGAAUGGAAGUCUCAAGAUCUGGAACAUCCGGACGAAGCAGUGCCUACGAACGCUGGAGUGCGGCUAUGCGCUUUGCUGCGCCUUCUUGCCGGGCGAUAAGAUUGUCGUGGUGGGUACCAAGAGUGGAGAGAUCGAGCUUUUCGAUAUCGCAUCAUCGCAGCUCGUCGAUACUGUGCAAGCACACGAGGGCGCAAUAUGGAGUUUAGAUUUGCCCCCCGAUGGCAAAUCCGUGGUGAGCGGCAGCGCAGACAAGACAGCAAAGUUUUGGAAUUUCGAGAUCGUGCAAGAGGAGAUCCCAGGAACGAAGCGGACGACACCAAAGCUCAAGCUGGUCCAUGCCCGGACACUGAAGGUCAACGACGACAUUUUAAGCUUGCGCUUCUCCCCGGAUUCCCGCCUGCUCGCCGUGGCUACUCUCGACAAUACGGUGAAAGUUUUCUUCGUCGACUCUCUCAAGCUUUUCCUGAACCUUUACGGCCACAAGCUCCCAGUCCUGAGUAUGUCCAUUUCGUCUGAUAGCAAGCUCAUCGCCACCUGCAGUGCGGACAAGAAUGUGCGCCUCUGGGGUCUCGACUUCGGAGACUGCCACAAGGCUUUCUUUGCGCACACCGACAGCAUCAUGCAGGUCUCGUUCAUCCCUCACCCGGUCUCGAGGGAAGAGAACCAUCACUUCUUCAGCGCCAGUAAGGACCGGACACUUAAGACCUGGGAUGGCGACAAGUUCGAGCAGAUUCAAAAGCUCGAAGGCCAUCACGGCGAGAUCUGGGCCAUGGCCGUCAGCCGGACCGGUGACUUCGUCGUCACGGCCUCUCACGACAAGAGCAUGCGCAUCUGGAACCAAAGCGACGAGCCCAUCUUCCUGGAAGAAGAGCGCGAGCGCGAGCUCGAGGAACUCUACGAAUCGACCCUGGCCGCCAACCUCGACGGCGACAACGCCGACAACGACAACGACGAAGUCGGCGCCGCAACCAAGCAGACCAUCGCCACCCUCACGGCCGGCGAGCGCAUCAUGGAAGCCCUCGAGCUCGGCCUCGCCGACCUGGCCGUCGUGGCCGCGUGGCGCGCGCAAAAGGCGGCGAACCCGGCCGCCGCCAUGGCGCCCCCGCAGCGCGACCCCCUCUUCAUGGCCCUCGGCGGCAUCUCCGCCGAGCGCCACGUCCUCAACACCGUCGCCAAGAUCCCCGCCGCCCAGCUGCACGACGCCCUGCUCGUCCUGCCCUUCAGCGCCGUGCCCGGCCUCUUCGCCUUCGUCCGCCUCUGGAUCCAGCGCCGCUGGAGCGUGCCGCUCGUCUGCCGCGUGCUGUUCUUCAUGCUGAGGACCCACCAGCGGCAGAUUGUGGCGAGCAGGGAGCUGAAGACUGCGCUGGAGGGCAUGCGGGAGGAUUUGAGGGAGACGUUGGGGGGGUUGAAGGACAUGAUGGGCUUCAAUGCUGCGGCGUUGCGGUUCGUUGGCGCGAGGGCGGAGAGCGGGAAGGUUGUGAGGGUCGAGGAUGUCGAGGAGGCGGUCGAGAAGGGGGCGAAGGGGAAGAAGAAGAGGGCGUUUGUGGAUGUGGCGUAG